CAUAGCACCAAACUUGAAUCAUAUCAGCUUCCGUUUCUGGCGCGCGCUCUGGAUAAAGGCUGUCACAAGCUGACUUCGUUGUCUAUAAUUCACUGCACUAUUCGCGAUGCUGGGAUUAAGGAAUUUUUGAGUACAUGCAAUAAGGAAUCCUUCGGUACACUGGAAGUGCUCGAUCUAACGGAUAAUAGAAUCACCUCCGAGGGCGCUUACGUACUUGGCCGCACCAUUAAAGGCCUUUCGUUGCGCAAGCUAGUGCUACGCCUGAAUCCAAUUGAGAGUGAUGGUGUUGCUGCAAUAUUCUCGCUCUUGCAACGCAUGCCAGUGGAAGCGCUCGACAUUAGCGGCUGUUCCGUAUGUCCGUCGAUAACAAAACUAUUCAUGCAAUUGCUUAUUCAAAAUAAGUCACUUGUGAACAUCGAUAUUUCAAAUAACGAAUUAGGCGAGGAAUUCGGCAAGCAACUACAUAAAAUUAUUGGUUUCAAUAAAGUUCUACAGCAUUUGGAUUUGCGCAACACUGGCAUGAGUUUGGAAUUGCGUACCAAAAUAAAAGAGGUUCUCAAAAGUAAUAGACCGAAGCCAAAAACAUAUCUGAAGGCAAUAUUAAAAAAAUAA